AUGGGAUCAACGCACGAUGGCCCCAAACCCACCUACCCUGUAAAAGUACCGGUACUCCACCACAGUCUUGUAACAGAUGACUUUAACGCUCUCGCAUUCCAAGGUGCAUCGUCCCUCCAACUACAGCAGGGACUCAAGUAUCAGGAAGCCGCUCCGUCAAGCUCGCAUCUCAUCUCAUCCCCGUAUAAUCGGGACGGCCAUCAUCUAGAUCUUCAUACGCUUGAUCCUUCUAGCCAACUGCUCGCGAAAGCGCUGACGGUUCUCAAACCCAUCCGAUCCGAUUAUGCCGUAGCAGAAUAUGUUGAAUCGUUCAAUUGGAAGUUUGUGAUGGACGUGCUGAGGGACCUGGCAAUUGCAGAAAGCCAUGAGUGGAAGGAGCUGUCAUUCCAUGUCGUGACGUUUCGAUCCGUCCUGCUUCCAACAGCAGAUUCCGACAGGCUCAUGGAGCUCGACUUAUAUUCUCAUUGGGAAGCUACUGUGAGCGGUGGGCUGUUGAAAUACUGGUUUGGGAUCAAGGAUGAGAAAUUUAGGAAUUUGGCAACCUGUAUCUGGCAAAGCAAGGAGGACGCGAGACGUGGAGGACUUGGGCCGUGGCAUAGACAGGCAAUAGCAACUGCGAACGAAUUGUAUCAAAGUGUUGAAUUUAAAACUUGGAAGUUGACUAUUGCUGACGGGAUCGAGGUGUGGGAAAUUGCGGAUGAGAAGAAUGAAAUUUGA